AUGUCUUAUGAUAUAGAUGACUCACUCUACAGCCGUCAAAGAUGCGUUCUGGGGGAAAAUGCGAUGAAAAGAAUGUGUAAAUCUAAGGUGUUUUUACAUGGAUUGGGAGGUGUCGGCAUAGAAAUCGCUAAAAAUCUGAUUCUGGCUGGAGUCGGCGAACUUAUAAUUCAGGACCAAUCGUUAUGCUCCGAACAGGAUUUGGGGACUCAAUUUUACGUGGAUGAUUGUAGUGUUAAAUGUUCAAAAACUAGAGCUGAAGCAAGUCUUGAUCGUCUAACAGCUUUAAAUCCCUAUGUUCGUAUCACUUUAAAAAUGGGAAAUGUGGCGGAUAUUCGUUGCCCUCUUUCUGAUCCUGCUAAUAAGACUAUCCUAAAGCCAUUAGUUGACAAAGGAUCAUCUACGAAGGUCGAUUGUUUGGUACUCACGCAAUGUUCGCUUCAACAAGCUACAUUAUUGGAUCUAUUCUGCAGAGCACAUGAUAUUAAAUUUAUCUAUACAGAUAUAUAUGGUGCAUUUGGAAAUUUGUUUUGUGAUUUUGGCUCUGAUUUUACUGUUUUAACACAGGAUGAUGAAACCUGUAGAGAAUUUUUUAUUGGAAAAAUUGAAAAGAUAAACGAUGAAGAAUUAUUGAUCACAGUUCUUGGCAACCAUCGUCAUCACCUAGAAAAUAAUGAUGUAAUUCGAUUCACUGAACUUAAAAAUGUGCCAAUGCUCAAUGAAAGAGAAUUUCUUAUCCGAGUAAAGUCGCCUUCAGAGUUGAUUAUCACAAUGUCUAUAAAAGAUAUCCAGUUUCCCUAUUCAGAUGGUGGUGUUGUGCUCCAAGUUAAAAAGCCACAAGUACACACUUUUGAAACUAUGCUCGAACAAAUCAAAUAUCCUAAAUUAAUGUGUGUGGACUUUAGUGAACCCGAGGAAGGUAACUUGUUACAUUUAACAUACUUAACAUUGAUGAGGUUCAAUGUCGAAAAUGGCCGUUAUCCCAAACCAUGGGAUGAAAAUGAUUGGAAUUUAUUUCGUGAUCAGUUAUUCACAAUACAAAAGUUACAAAUGGUAAAUCCAAUUGAAAUUAAUGAAUCACUAGUAAAACGUUUAACUUUUGCUAGUCAAGGACAAUUAGCACCAUUAUGUGCUAUUUUUGGUGGAAUAGCUGCACAAGAAGCUAUGAAAGCGAUCACAUUUACAUUUACACCAAUUAAUCAAUGGCUCUACAUCCAUUGUGCUUCAAUUGUACCACUGGAAAUCAAUACGAAAUCAAAUGAAUUUCAAAAUUAUCUGUCAAGUCGUUAUGCUGAUUUAGUUCAAUGUAUCGGUGUGUCAAAUCUUCAAAAAAUCCAUAAUUUAAGUGUUUUCAUGGUUGGUUGUGGUGCGAUCGGUUGUGAAUUAUUAAAGAAUUUAGCAUUAUUAGGUGUAGCCACUGCUGGAUCUAAUGAUGAUAAUUUACAUUCAGCAAACAACAUGACUCAUUCUAAUCAACAUCAGUAUGAACAACAAGAAGACAACAAACAGUUUACAUACACUACAACACUCCAUACUUCGUUGAUGUCUCAUGUAAAUGAUGAUGUUGAGGAUCAUCAUCAAACGUUGUCACAUUCAACAGUAGACGGUCAGCAACAACACUGCAAUUCAUCUUAUCCUGAAGAUAAACUCACUGGUAAUUCUGAAACAAUCAUUAAAUCAUUCACAUCACAUCAAGUUUCUACAUCUCAAAGACAAUCAAUAAAUUCUGUACAAAGUGAAUCCAUCAAUUCAAUGAUCAAUAUGAGCUGCCCAAAUAUUAUUGUCACUGAUCCUGAUCAUAUUGAGAAAUCAAAUUUAAAUCGUCAAUUUCUUUUUCAAUCAUGUCAUAUUGGUUUGUCAAAAAGUCAAAUUGCAUGUGACACUGUGAAAAGAAUUAAUCCGAAUAUAUCAGUAAGAGCUAUGUGUGAUAAAUUUUGGCCGAAUACCGAGAAGUCCAUUUUCACUGAUGAAUUUUUAUUACAAGCAACAAAGUGCAGUAAUUAUAAACAAGGGAUCACAUCCUCUUCUUCUUCAUCACAUAAAUAUGGUAUUGUACUAGCAGCUUUAGAUUGUGUACCAACACGUCGUUAUUUAGAUUCACGUUGUGUAACUUUACAUUUACCAUUAAUUGAAUCUGGUACAUUAGGCACUAAAGGUCAUGUUCAAGUGAUUUUACCUGAUAUUACUGAAUCAUAUAAUAGUCAAAUGGAUGAUAACAAUGAUGUAGAUGGUAAUGGAAAUAUUGAUAGUCAAGUAAAUACUAUUCCAUAUUGUACAUUGAAAUCAUUUCCUACCUUACCAAUUCAUUGUAUUGAAUGGGCACGUGAGAAAUUUGCAAGUCAAUUCACAUUGAAACCUAUGAAAUUACAAACAUUUCUACAAGCUUGGAAUAUGGAACAAAGUGAAUAUAUGGAUAGUUACCAUGGUGAACAAACAUUACAAAAACAAACACACCAAUUAAUAUCAGAUUUAAUAUUUUUAAUGAAUCUAUGCAAUGAAAAUACUACUACCACUACUACUACUACUACUACUGAUAAUCAUAAUAGUAGUAUUAAUGUAAUUGUUACAUCAAAUAUAUAUGCUAAUGAUAAGAUUUUAAUGAAAAAUUGGAUUGAACGAAUAAAUUUGUUACAAGAUCAAUUAAGUCCUAAUAUUGGACGAUUUUUAUGCUCACGUCCAUCUACAUGGAAUGAAUGUUUAUAUUUAGCCCGUGAUAAAUUUCAGCAUUAUUUUAAUCAUAAAGCUCGUCAAUUGUUACAUUCUUUCCCCAUUGAUACAAAAUUAUCAGAUGGAUCACCAUUUUGGCAAUUCCCUAAACGUCCACCUAAAUCGAUUGAAUUUUCCAUUACAGAUCCUUUACAUCAAAUAUUCGUCAUCAGUUAUGCACGUCUUUUAGCUGCCCAAUUGUCUAUCGAAGUACCACAGUCCUGUUUCUCCUCUUCAAUAUCGAAUUCACUCUCUUCUUCAACUUCUCUACCAGAUUUCUCCAGUCUCUUGAAUUAUGGAUCGACUGAACUGGUUAAUUAUCUUAAAGAAGUAUUUGUAAACUAUAUUCCACCAAUGUUUACCCCAUCUAAUAAACACAUUGUAAUUGAUGAGAAUGAACCGAAACCUCAACAAACGACCACAUCUACUUCGCCAUCUUUACCUAAAGAUAACGAUCAUACUAUUAUGUCAAUGAAAAGAAUUAUUUUCAGUAAUCCUUCUCUCAAUGAUGAUGAUUCGACAAUAAAAGAAAUUUGUCUAAAUGAAUCAUUUUUAAAAAUGUGUACAAAUAUUUUGGAAAGUUUAAGUAAACCAGAGAAAUUUAAAGUCAUUUCUUCAUGUCAGUCAGUAACUUUUGAGAAAGAUGACGAUAAUUUGGCACAUGUUGAUUUCGUCAUGUCAGCUGCCAAUUUACGUGCUACAAUGUACAGUCUACCGAUUACAGCUCGCCAUGUUGUUAAACGUAUCGCUGGACGAAUAGUACCAGCUAUAGCGACAACAACUGCUACUGUUGCAGGUUUAGUCUGUUUAGAAUUACUUAAAUAUGUAAUUAACAAUAAUCAAUAUGAUGUUAAUGGUGGUCAUGUUGGUUCGUUUGCAUCUGAAGAGGAAAUAAAUACAAUAACGGCGACUACGAGAACAAUAAAUGAUCCUGAACAAUGUUUAAUUCAACUAAAAUCUAGAAAUAGUUUUCUUAAUUUAGCAUUACCGAUUCUUUUGUUCAGUGAACCAGGACUGUGUCGACAAAUACGUUUACCAAAUGGAAAAUAUUUCAGUUUAUGGGAUCGUUGGAUUAUUCGACCAUGUAAAUCAAUUGAUAAAUAUCGAUUAAUUGAUUUUAUUGAUCAGAUCAAGAAUGAUUUCAAUCUUGUGGUGAGUUUAAUUACUCAAGGCAAUCGAAUGGUGUAUAUGCAUCAUUUUCCAAUGCAUAAAUCACGUUUCAAUGAAAUUUUUAUCAGUUUUUUGAAUUAUUCCUCGAUGGAUAGUCAUAUUGACUUAAUGGUUGCCUAUGAAUCUGAUCAUAUGAAGGUGAACAAUAAUCAUUCUCAUGGUAACAAUGAUGACGACGAUGGUGGUUGCAUUCAAGGUCCUACAAUACGUUUUAAAUUAUGA